ACCACGUACCGUAGACGCAUGUCUGCAGAUGACGUGUUAUCUGUUUUGUUUUGGGCGGCAACAUGGCUUAAAUAAAAGGGAAACAAGUCAUUAUGGAAGCGGCGACUCUCAGCAGGAGACGAAUUAAGCUGCUGGGUGGAUUUCUACAGCCAGCCUACAUGACUCACCUCGCUUGUUGUUCCUGACUGACAUAUGGAUGCCCAGGGGUACAAGUGGGUCCGAUGGCGGGUGUGGCUGUGUCACGUGGUGGCUGUGCUGUCCCUGGGUGUUCUCCUCAUUGUGUUUCGCUGGCGCCCACGGCUAGCUCUUUUUGCACGCUGCCGUCCCUGUCCUCUGGGGCUUGCAGAUCUUGUGCUAAUACGAGAUAAUUGUGGCAUAUUCCAUGUGGUGGAGGUUCUCACAGAGGAGUUGGAGGAGGGAAGUUUGGAAUUAUUGGGCGAUACAGAGACUACAGAAUGGAGGGACACAGUUGAGCUUUACCAGGAGAAGAAAACUCUACUGCGCUACUACCUGUUUGAAGGACUUCGCUUCAUAUGGUUGGACAGGAAGGCAGCUUUCUGUCUUGCAAGUGUCCUCAAUGAGGACUGGACCUGCAAGGACCUUCAUGGUUACAAAAAUGGUUUGAGUCACCUUGAGCAGAACUUUAGGAGACAAGUGUAUGGGCCCAACGUGAUUGAUGUGCCUGUGAAGUCUUACUUCAAACUAUUGAUUGAGGAGGUGCUCAACCCCUUUUAUGUGUUCCAGUUAUUUAGCAUGGUCCUGUGGACGGUUGAUGAAUAUUACUACUACUCCACGAGUAUAUUUUUAAUUUCUCUUAUAUCCAUUGGUAUCUCACUUUAUGAGAUCCGCAAGCAAAGAGUCAUUCUUCACAACAUGGCCCGAUUGGUCACUAAUGUCACCGUGAUAAGAACCUCUGGAGAGCAGGAGAACGUUAGUUCAAUGGAGCUGGUGCCUGGUGACUGCAUAUGCUUACCUAAGAAUGGCCUGCUGAUGCCUUGUGAUGCUGCCCUGCUGGCAGGGGAGUGUCUGAUAAAUGAGGGCAUGUUGACAGGUGAGAGCGUUCCAGUGCUGAAAACUCCCCUGCUGGAUUCGGAGAAUAUAUACAACUCGGCCGCUGAGCGCAAGAACACACUGUUCUGUGGAACGCAGCUCAUCAGGGCCAAAGGAGGAGGUCUCGGUGAUUUUGGUGCUGUCGCCGUAGUCACAGGCACUGGAUUUUUUACUGCCAAAGGUAACUUGAUCAGCUCCAUUUUGUACCCUCAGCCAACCAGCUUUCGCUUCUACCGAGACGCUGCAAAGUUCUUGGUCAUUUUGGGGUUUCUUGCUCUUAUUGGGACAAUUUACAGCUUUGUUAUACUCUCAAACUAUGACAUGAGCUGGUUUUCGGUGGUGAUUCGGGUUUUGGAUAUUGUCACCAUUGUGGUGCCUCCGGCCCUGCCUGCCGCCAUCACUGUCGGCACCAUCUAUGCCCAGAACAGACUGAAAAGGCAAGGCAUCUUCUGCAUAAGUCCACCACGCAUCAAUGUCUGUGGCAAGGUGUCGCUCUUUUGUUUUGACAAGACAGGAACCUUGACAGAGGAGGGCCUGGAUGUGUGGGGAGUCGUGGAAGCGCGAUCUGCCGGUUUUUCAGAUGUGGUCUCUGACCCUAGACUUCUCCCACCUGGGCCAAUGCUCUCGUGCCUUGCCUGCUGUCACACUCUUGCCCUGCUGCAAGGGGAGCCCAUUGGAGACCCUCUGGAGCUCAAAAUGUUCAACUCUACCGGUUGGACACUCCAGGAACCAGAGGAAGACAGUGGUGUGCUGGAUGCGGAGUUUGGAGGGCACAAAGUGUUAGCUGUAAUGAAACAUCCUCCGAGCCUGCUUCCUUUUCACCUAAAUUCCUCAAGUGCACCUGUGGCAGUCGUUCAGCGGUUUCCCUUCUCUUCGGCCUUGCAGAGGAUGAGCGUGGUGACUGUGGCCUGCGGGGGGCGCUCUGCUAUAGCUUUCAUGAAAGGUUCUCCAGAAAUGGUGGCAAGCCUCUGCAGACAAGAAACUGUACCGCCGCAGUUUUCAAAGAAACUAUGCAGAUUUUCCAGUGAGGGUCUUCGAGUUCUUGCUCUUAGUUAUAAACCAAUGGACACAAGCACUGAUCUAAGCGCCACUGAGCGAGGGGAGGUAGAGAAAGACAUGCAGUUCUUGGGCCUGUUGAUGAUGAAGAACCUGGUGAAGCCAGAGAGCGCUGACGUCAUACGCACAUUGAGUUUGGCGAAGCUCCGAACUGUCAUGGUCACAGGUGACAACAUUCGAACAGCAAUCAAUGUUGCCCAAAGCUGUGGAAUGGUGAGGGCUGAUGAGAGGGUCAUCUUUGUUGAAGCUGCUGCCCGCACAGCUCAAACCAGACCCACGCUGAGGUUCACCCUAGAAGAUCAGGAGGGCACGUUAGUCACAGCCCAGGGUCUCUACCAGACACAUUUUGGUUAUCAUUUGGCUAUUAAUGGCAGUUCAUUUGCUGUCCUCUGUGACCACUUCCCUGAGCAUCUGCCAAAGGUUUUGAUGCGAACAACAGUCUUUGCACGUAUGGCUCCUGACCAGAAAACACAACUGGUGAAAGAGUUGCAGAAACUAAACUACCUGGUGGGCAUGUGUGGAGAUGGUGCCAACGAUUGCGGUGCCUUGAGAGCUGCUGACGCCGGCAUCUCUUUGUCAGAGGCAGAGGCUUCCAUCGCUUCGCCUUUUACCUCCAAGACUCAAAACAUCAGCUGUGUGCCACUGCUCAUUAGAGAAGGUCGAUGUUCCCUGGUCACCGCGUUCAGCCUUUUCAGAUACAUGGCCGUGUACAGCAUGAUUCAGUUCUGCUCUGUGCUCAUUCUAUACGCAGUGAGCACCAAUCUGGCUGACCUGCAGUUCCUGUUCAUUGACGUUGCACUUGUGACCCUGUUGGCUAUCGUGAUGGGGAAAGGCGGCCCCAGUGAGAAACUGAGCCCCUACCGGCCUCCGGCCAAUCUGAUGGCCCUGCCCGUUUUAGGCAGCCUCUUCAUCCACAUAUCCAUGAUAAUCUUAGCCCAGUUGACUGCGCUCUUCAUCACCACCUCACAGGAUUGGUAUAUUCCGCUCAAUUCCACAGUGUUUGGGACUGCCAACUUACCCAACAUGGACAACACCAGUGUGUUUUCCUUGUCUGGUUUCCAGUACAUCUUCAUGGCUGUGGUGGUAACAAAGGGUCUCCCUCACAAGAAACUUAUUUAUCACAACGUGAUAUUCCUGUGUUUACUCCUCGUCCUGUUUGCCGUGAUGACUUGUCUGGUUUUGUAUCCCGGACCUUUCUUCAUAAAGAUAAUGCAGCUCUAUGACUUCGCUGACUUGCAUUUCAAGAUGCUGCUUGUCGCUCUGGCUGCUCUCAAUUUCCUUGUUUGUUUUGUGGUGGAGAUGCUGAUCGAUGUUGGUGUGCUGAACCAUCUUCACCGUCUAUGCCCAAAGCGUUCAUCCAAGAAAAAGUUCAAACACCUCAACUCAAUCCUUUGCAACCCCAGUGUCCCAUCAUGGCCGCCCCUGAACCAAACACUUUACUCUUCUGAGUACACAGCUGUUGGCAUAAAUUAGUGUCUUGCCCCCUCCUCCUGAAAUACAAACAAUAAUAAAGUGUUUGGAUUUAUGACUCGACUGAGGUAUUCUCAUUUUGUGUGUGGAUGGUAAUAAAGCACUUUUUUUUUUUUUUUUGCAAAUCAGUUUAUUAAAUCUGUUUAUUUACAGGCUUUUGCAUUAGCAGAGUUGUCUGCUGCACUUUCGCUCGUAAGCCUUUUGUUGCUCACAUUCUCCACUUGCUUGCACCCCCAGGAAGAAGCAACACAGGGGACCUUUCCAUCAAUGGCUUGUACCACAAAAUAUGGCUUGCUCAAAGUCUACGUGAACAGAAACAUGGGUGAGGAUGAAGAA